AUGUUAAAAGAGCACCUAGAUCCAAGGAAGCCGUCUGGAACUGGAUAUACCAGCAAGGUCCGUGUCCGCGACAAAUACCACAUCGUGGGAUUCAUUAGCAGCGGCACUUACGGACGAGUCUACAAAGCCCUUGGCAAAAAUGGUCAGAAGGGUGAAUUCGCAAUCAAAAAGUGGGCAGGAUCCGUCCGUUAUUUCGUUAGUCUCGGAUCGCUGACCAGUCGCAGGUUUAAACCGGAUAAAGAGGGAGAGAUCAUCCAAUACACCGGCCUCUCACAGUCUGCCAUCCGGGAGAUGGCCCUGUGUUCCGAACUGGAUCAUGCCAAUGUCGUACAGCUAGAAGAGAUUAUUCUCGAAGACAAGGCCAUUUUCAUGGUCUUCGAAUAUACAGAACAUGAUCUACUUCAGAUCAUCCAUCAUCAUACGCAACCACACAGACAUGCUAUUCCGGCCCCAAUGGUCAGGUCGAUUUUGUUUCAACUUCUCAACGGCCUACUCUAUCUCCAUACCAGUUGGGUAUUGCAUCGAGAUCUGAAGCCAGCCAACAUCCUAGUUACGUCGAGUGGCGCCAUCCGUAUUGGGGAUUUGGGUCUGGCUCGUCUCUUCUAUAAACCCCUCAACUCUCUCUUCUCGGGCGAUAAAGUCGUCGUCACGAUUUGGUACCGUGCUCCGGAAUUACUGAUGGGUAGUCGUCACUACACCCCGGCCGUCGAUCUCUGGGCCGUCGGAUGCAUUUUUGCGGAACUUUUAUCCCUUCGCCCCAUUUUCAAAGGAGAGGAAGCCAAGAUGGACAGUAAGAAAACAGUGCCCUUUCAGCGUAAUCAGAUGAUGAAAAUCAUCGAAAUUAUGGGUCUCCCCACCAAAGACAUCUGGCCGGGUAUAGUGUCGAUGCCCGAAUACUCCCAACUCCAAUCCCUAGCCAUGUCACGUGCUCCAGGCCAUUUCCCCCGGUCUUCGAACUUGGAAGGCUGGUAUCAAAGCUGUUUGAAAAAUGGCGGAUAUGCCACCUCGUCCGGUGCCGGGACCCCUGGUGCCGACGGAUACGAUCUCUUAUCGAGACUGCUCGAGUAUGAUCCCACCAAGAGGAUAACUGCGCAGGAGGCACUGGAGCAUCCAUAUUUUAAGAAUGGGGGUCCUAUCUCCGCCAACUGCUUCGAGGGCUUUGAGGGGAAAUAUCCGCACCGUCGUGUCACCCAGGAUGAUAAUGAUAUCCGGUCUGGAAGUCUACCUGGUACUAAGCGGAGCGGAUUACCGGAUGAUAGUUUAAUGGGACGCGCCUCGAAACGGCUCAAAGAAUAA